UUCGGAAUUACAACAACCACUUGAGUGGUCAAUACGGAAGCGUAUUGCACUUGGAGCUGCUAGGGGGCUUGCCUAUUUGCACGAUCAUUGUAACCCAAAGAUUAUUCAUCGUGAUGUCAAAGCUGCUAAUAUAUUGUUGGAUGAGGAAUUUGAAGCAGUUGUUGGAGAUUUUGGUUUAGCAAAGCUUAUGGAUUACAAAAAAACUCAUGUUACCACUGCUGUAUGUGGUACCCUUGGGCAUAUAGCACCAGAGUACCUCUCAACUGGAAAGUCUUCAGAGAAGACUGACGUUUUUGGAUAUGGUGUUAUGCUUCUUGAACUAAUAACUGGAAAGAGGGCUUUUGAUCUAGCACGACUUGCCGAAAAUGAUGAUAUCAUGUUGCUUGAUUGGGUUAAAGGACUUCUGAUAGACAAGAGAUUGGAGACACUGGUGGAUGCAGAUUUACAGGGAAAUUAUGAUGAGGAGGAGGUAGAACAGUUAAUCCAAGUGGCAUUGCUAUGCACACAAGGCUCCCCUUUGGAAAGGCCCAAGAUGUCUGAGGUGGUGAGAAUGCUAGAGGGUGAAGGUUUGGCAGAAAUAUGGGAUCAAUGGCAGAAAGAGGAGAUUAUCCGCAAAAAUCUCAAUCACACUCAUCCGUAUCACCACCACAUUGGUAAUUUGAUAUUAGAGUCAACUUCAAAUAUGUCACCAGAUGAACUAUCAGGUCCUAGAUGA